CUCAGGAUCCUCAAGGCUUGCCAUAGUUCCAGAAGAGAGAGUAGCAGCUCUUUCUGCAACUGCUACGUAUCACUUCAAAGUAUAAAAAGGCAAUGAAAAUGAAAAGUGUUUAUUUUGUUGCUGGGCUCCUUUUAAUGAUAGUUCAAGGCAGCUGGCAAAAUCCUCUUCAGGAGACAGAGGAGAAAUCAAGAUCAUUCAAAGCUUCCCAGUCUGAACCAUUAGAUGAAUCUAGACAGCUGAAUGAAGUGAAACGUCACUCACAAGGCACAUUCACCAGUGAUUACAGCAAGUACUUGGACACUAGACGAGCUCAGGACUUUGUGCAAUGGUUAAUGAGCACUAAAAGAAAUGGCCAACAAGGACAGGAGGACAAAGAAAAUGACAAAUUCCCGGACCAGCUCUCAAGCAAUGCGAUCUCCAAGCGUCAUGCUGAAUUCGAGAGACACGCUGAAGGCACCUACACCAGUGAUAUCACCUCUUAUUUGGAAGGUCAAGCUGCCAAAGAGUUCAUUGCUUGGUUAGUGAAUGGACGAGGAAGAAGAGAUUUCCCAGAAAAAGCUCUUGUGGCUGAAGAAAUGGGCCGAAGACAUGCAGAUGGCACUUUCACAAGUGAUAUCAACAAAGUCCUUGAUGACAUGGCUGCCAAAGAGUUCCUAAAAUGGCUGAUUAACACCAAAGUUACCCAAAGGGACCUUUUGGAAGAAUACCAGUAAAAAUGCAGAAUAAAAAUGGGAUAGAUGAAGAUCUUCAUUGCAUCAACUGCCAGUUAUUAAGAGAUUCUGAAAUCUGUAUUCUGUCAUUUACAUUGGGUGUAACAAAGCUAUGUCACCUUGCAUGCCAGGAAAUAAUUGUACUAUAGUUUAGUGUUGCCAAAGGUUUAUAUAUGGAAAACUUAUUGUCUAAGGGAUGGUUACCUU